AUGCCGAGCUGUUCAAAUAGAAGUCUGAAUCAAGCAAACCCAUUCACUAGCGCACGACGGCGCUCGGCUGCUUGUUUAUAAGUACCGGAGUUUUGAUAAUCGAUAGGGAUAGAAAAUUGAAAGGAUUUGAGGACUAAUCCGGAUCACUAUGGAUUUGAAAUGUUUAAAUAAUAUACUUAUAUAAUCCGCGCUUGAGCCAUUGAGUUUAUCGUCAAGCAGGUGUCAAGGUGGUGUAUAGAUGUAGGAGGAAAAACGAGUUUCUUGUUUUCAUUUCAAAGAGGAGGAAAAUUAACGCAUUCUAGAACGGAUAGUUAAAAUAUAUUACGACGAAGGGGAUUUUUUUUUCUCAUCUACAAAAGAAUAUUUGGAAAUAUAUAUUUAUGGAAUACCUCUUGUGGAUAUUUAAUUGAAUAGGUCUGAAUUUUAAAAAAAAAUAAUUAUUCACAAUGAAUGUGGGUAAAGCACGCCGUGCGUACCAUAGUAAUUUGAAUCUCCCCAAAGCAUUUACUCAGUAUGACCUCGUACAGUCGGGGUUUGGAAAGAGUGUUUCGAUGGAGGGGUUGAACAGGAACCACACAACUAUAGACUCCGGGAGAAGGAAAAGUAAACUUCUAAAGAUACCGAAAGCUGAAAGCAGAGAAGCACUGCCAUUGUGUUUACCGAGGCUUGAGCCCGAGGUCGAUCUAGACCUGGAUGCUGACGCGCGCGAUGUUAGCGCCACUACAAGGUUGGCCUCUCAAUUGGAUUCGAACCCGAGGGGCACCGCUGAACCGGAUGUUCGGACGGAACAUGAGAGCGACAGUGAUGAAAGUGAUUAUUUAAAUAAUUAUGACGACGAUACGGAAACAGCUCACAAGAAAUUGGACCAAAUCGGAAAAUUCGAAAUGGAGCAUAAUUGGUUGCUGCACGAGGGUUUUGAACGUGAAAAGGAAGAUUUUGUAAAUAAAAGCAGAAAAAUUAAUAUUCCUAUUCCAGAUGAGAACCCAGUGACGACAGUCAAUAGUAGAAUUGAUGAAAUUAACUCCAUGGUGAAACCUAAGGCGGACAUUGGGAUCCUGAUUCAAAACAUGAACCCAGAGCAAAAAGAAAAAAUUAAGAAAAUAGCAGAAACUGAUAUUGACGACAUAAAGAAACGAUUUAGAAAGAGUUGGAAGAACGAAGAUAAACUUCGCCAUGCUCUGUUGAUGGUCAAGAUAAUGAACAGAGCUCACCUGCCAAGAAGAAAAUAUUUCAAGGAAGAAAAGCCAGUUGCAGGAAUGGCUUUGAGACGUCUGAAGGCACAGGACCAAGCUGAGCAGACGGACGUCCCACUGCGAUCCUCUCUUGCCUUUGAUAUGGAGCUAGCUCUUACAACUCACCCUGCUUAUCGAACAGAGGAGGACCUGGCAAAGGUGAUAUGGGUACUGCGAGCAACAAAGGCCUUCAAUCAUUUAUUUCCCGUGGAAAAAGAAAGAGACCUGGCCGAAGUUGUUGGUUAUGAAAAAUAUGAUCCUAAUAGAAUUAUAGCAUACCAAGGGCGAAAGCCUGAGCGGUUUUAUUACAUCAUGACCGGAAAAGUCCGAAAAGUUCGGGAGUACGGAUUAUCUACAGGAAAAGUAACGCGGACCGAGGGACUAAUCAACAAAGGCACUACAACUGACUUAGAGGAGUUAGAAGAGCAGUGGUCGAGAGAGCACCAUCUUGUAACCCAUGGGAACGUCGAAGUUCUCAUUCUCCAUAGAUCCGAUUUAAUGAGAUUACAAAACAAACUGGAAGGUCCUCCCAUUGAUUACCUUAGGACAUUACAGUUAUUCUUUGAAUUCCCAGUGGAAGUGUUCUUGACCAAUACGGACGCAAUUGAACUGAAAUACUACGGACAAGAUGCUGUUAUAUCGGACGACACAAACAGAACCCCGUGGAUCCACGUGGUCAAAUCGGGGCGCGUUCGAGUUGUGCGUAUGCAAACUGUAGUUGAUGUCCAAAAUGAAAGUAAAUUUGCCUAUCAGAAAACCGAGGAACUUGGAUUUGGACGGUCUUUUAGCCAUGCCGAUGCCAUGUUAGGAUCUCUGUUUUCUCAGCGGAAGGCUAAGGCGGAGCGGGGAGCUGAUCAAGUGUCCUUUCCAGAGAUGCCGGAUUUCUUACGAAGUCCUUUAGGACACACCCUUGGGAUUGACCUUAAUUCCCUGUCCAAGUUUAGUGCCCGGUCCACUCAAUUUUCCGAGGGAAUAGGUCUCCUCUCAAACUUGACAAAAAGACAUAAAACGACAGCAUCAGCCGACAAUAAAGCAGACGACAAGAGCGAUAACUCUAAGGACAAAGAAACGAAAGAGAGCAAACCAGAGAUAAAAGUGGAGACAAUUCAGCCCUUAAUGGAAGGGCCUUCCAAAGCCAAGAACAUCAAAAGGAAAGCAAAACUUAUAAAAACUCCCAUAAUAGCUGAACCUAAAACAGACGACCCAAAAAGUGGAAGAGGUUCGCGGGCGGACAUAGCGCCAGAACAUUACGUGAUAGAGGAGGAAACUCCAAGAGACAUGGCCAGCGCUUCCGAUCGUUCUUCUUCGAACGGAACUGUAUCUUUCCCGCCAAUUAAUGCUCUACCGUCUGCCAGAUCGUGCGGAGAGAAAUCAACAGCGAGCGAAUUCCGACAACAUGGAACGUUCCUCACACGAGAGAAAACGGAAGCAGAAACAGCCGUCUCGGCCAAGAUCAGACGACAGAAAAGAAAAGAACAUUUGCCUUGUCUUCCCAAGCUGCGUCCCGCAAAACUUCAGCUAGAUAUCCUCUCUGCUGGCGAUAUCUUUGGGCUGGAUGCAGUGUCCCGAAAAUUUAGCAGUAUGUACCGUGACCCGUUUGGUGAGGGUCUGGAACAUUUGGAUCCGCCUAUAGCUUCGGAACCGAAAGGAGUUAGUUUGAUAAGUGACGGAGCAGAGAUAAUUCGAAUCAGCAAACGAUUCUUUCUACAACAUGCACAGAACAACACAAUGUUACGAGUAGAGACCAUGCAACGAGAAUAUAUGUCCGUUGAGGAAGCCAGCAAAAUCAUUUACACCAACGAAACCUGGAACCAAUACAAAGACAUUCUAAUGAAGAGGAAGGUGGAUGCGCUGUUGAGGAGGGAUUAACCAAAACUUCGUCUUGUCCUUAAAAAUGGAUUUUGAGCAGAUAACAUUGUAAUAGCUUCCGGUUCUUGUGAUAACAUAAUCAUGACAUCUACCUUGGUCUCAAGAGUCAGUUUUGAAGGGCGAAGAGAGAGAAAAAACUGUUUGAAUGAGUACAUUUUCAUGAAAGACUACUUAUAAGACUGUGCGUGCAAUACAGUACUGACAAUUGCUGUAACUUAUUAUUUAUUCCUUCAUAUGUUGGUGCUUUGAGCAGCAGAUACUGUCUGAUUUCAUAGUGCUAGUCAAACUACUCAUCCGCUAUAGUACCACUAUGUAUGUAUGUAUGAUGCAGCUAAUUGUACUUCACAACGAAAGAGAAGGAAAAGAAUGGGUUGUAUGGACAAAGAAAACACGGAUUUUAUCGUGCAUUUAUUGAGUUUCACAACAAAAUAUGUGAUAAAGACUUCAUGUAUUUUUUUUUGUUUACUUUAUGAUCCAAUCGAUGUUUUCUUUAUAAUCAGUAUUAUUAUUAUGAAUAUUAAAAGUUAUUUUUAAUUAAAUAUAAAUCUUCAUUAACUUAU